GUUGGCUUUCGUUUUCAUUCAAGUUUACGUUGCGAAGCCGUUCUGGAAGAUUCCUGAGAGCAACCGAACGGACACCCCAGUUACUGAGAUUUUUCAUCGUCUUCUCCAGGUUCAACGAAGAUGCCUCUUCUCCCAGGUACGGCGCACGACUUGCUGUUCCGCGACCUCGCACCUCUCGAUUUGUACAACUACUCCAAAGCCAACAGAGAAGCCCACCAAUCCAUCGCCUCCUUCCGUAAAAGAGCCUACACCCUCAACAAAUACCUCCUCCCCUAUUUCACCGAAGACCAAAUCACCUCCUUCCGAGCCCUGCAAAAAGAGCUCGGGAUCUUGAUAUCGGGAUCAACUGCGAUUCAGUUCUUUGAGCGCGAUGCUGUGGAGUACGAAGACUCGGAUUUGGAUUUGUACGUCAACCACAGUCGGUGCUACGAGGUCGAGGCGUUCCUGCGCAAGGCUGGGUACCGCUUUCGGCCACGGAGGUCCCAGCAGGAGACUUUUGAGGCUAAUGCUGGUCUCGUUGAUUGGCUGAUGAACUUCAUUCUCUUCGAGCCCACUUCGUCGUACGCGAACCCUGCUAUUGCUGGUGUAUUCGAUUUCUACAACGCUGCGGAUAAGAAGGUCCAGUUGAUCACCGCCAAGUACGCACCAGUUGACGUGAUCCUUCACUUUCAUUCUACUUGUGUGAUGAAUUUCAUCACUCACUCCCAUGCCUACUCGCUCUACGCUAGGGCUACAUUCGGUGAACGAUGCUCUGUUCCAAGCCGGGCAAACAAGGCCCGCGACGUCGAGGCCCGAAAGAAAUACCACGACCGGGGUUGGAAAACAGUUGGGGUGGCUCCGGAUGAUCCCGCCGUCGAGUUCCACGACAUCUUAAGACGAGCCGGGGAUAAGCAUUGCUGGGUCAUCCCCUUGGACCAUAACAACGAGCCAAGCGAAGAGGAGGACCUCGUGGGGAUUCAUACUUGGAAAAUGGACUUUUUCAAGAAGAAAGGCCCUCUGAUGAGUUAUCACAUUUUCCGCUCUCCGCGUCUGGCCAGCAAGUAUUGCGUCACGGAAGAGGUGGCUGGCAUGAUAGCUUACACACCGCUGGGGUAUGGGAAUGAUGAAGAAGAUCAACCACACGAUAUCUCGUCCGGCGCUCCUAGUUGGGAUUAUGACCUUCUGCAGCUAGUAAAGAACCUGCUUGAUGAGGAUGUCGUUCUUCACAGGCACACUGGGGAAUCUGAAGAUGUCCAACCUGAGCUGGGGCUACGGAUGCGAGACGUCUUCAUCUAGAGAAAUCUGCUUCACUGGAAAGUAAGACAGCAGAUGCAGUCAGUUGACUUAUCUAUUUACUAUCUACGAUUAAUAAAGAGCGGAUCAUGCUUCGGUAUGUUUUCCAUUCGCUAGGCGAGCACCGUUUCUUGUUAGCGACUUUUCGUUUUUUUUGGUCCGAAAACGAC